AUGGCAUAUGCCGAAUUCUGGCGCCAGCGCCGCGUGGUCGACGAGCCCUACUGCCUCCCGUACCCGGUCAGCAGCAUCUGCGGCGUCAACGUUGGCAUCGUCGUCGGCUUUGUCCUCUUCCUCAUCGUGUUCAUCCUCCUGCCCAAGUUGCGCAUGUCGACGCAGCCACCGAUGGUCCACGAGGUCGCGACGCGCCUCGUCCCGAGCAUGCCCACCGAAGACAAGACGGUACAGCCCGAGAACGACGAAGGCGACAAGAAAGAUAAGUAA